AUGUCGGCCAAAGCAAGUCAGCGGGCAAAGCUUGAAGAGCUCAGAAAACUACGAGGAUCCAAACAAACACGACUUAGCUCCUACAAGACCCAGGACGAACAACGGUUGUUCGAUGAGCUUGACGAAAUCGAGUAUCGAAAAGUACAACGCUCGAGACUAGACCAAGACGAUUUUGUUGUGGAUGACAAUGGGGAAGGAUAUGUUGAAAAUGGAUUGGACGAGUGGGAUAUGUGUGGCCGGGGGGAUCAUGUCUCAAGCUCCGACGAGAAUGAUAACCCAGUUCGUCCUUCAACAAAAGGUAAACGAAAGCGUGAGAAUGAAAUUGUUACCCGUAAGGAUCAAGAUGGGAGCAUCAAUAAAUACUUUACAUCGAUGGCAGCACAGGGGGCUACGAAACACAAGGCGGAAUCAACUGUCGAAGACAAAGAAUUCCUAAGUGAGCUUCUGGGACAGAUGGAUGAAUCUCGAGACUCUUUCCGAACCGUGAAAAAAUUAAAAGCCCAGGACCCAGAGCCAACAAACAGGCGCCAAAGAGCCCUAUCGCCAUCCAGGAGUACUGCGCGUGGGCUCCGAGUUCCGGAACAUAAGCGAUUGACAAGUGGUCAAGCCGAUUUCGUCCCUAGUUCACCGCCCCGACAUGGGGUCAUCUCGGAUGAUAACGAAGACGAUGACCACACCAAAACCUUCGAUGACGAUACAACUCGACAAGCUACCGCAUUUAUCACACCACACGAGGAUAUCUCUAAAUCUCGAAUUUCAGUCAAAACGGAACCUCCUGAGCCAGAAGCUCAUGCAUACAACGAGAACGACGACGAUGACGAAUUGGCUGUGAGACCAAUCCUCACCUUCAGCAAAACAAAAGAUUCCCCUAUUAAUCUAAAUUCAAUACGUCCCGACCGUUCGGCCAAAAAAGACACCAUACCAGAAAAACUACCCACUCCUAUCGAGGACAUCGAUGCUAAUCAGUGGAGGGCUGUUGACGCGAAACUAUCUCAUAACCAUGUUUCAGAUCAGCCUCUUCUUGGGAAAGUUGCAUCAAAGGAUGUAACCAAUGAUGAUGGCUCCUUACGAUUUUUUUGGAUGGAUUAUACCGAGAUAGGCGGCUGCUUGUGCUUAUUUGGAAAAGUUUUUGUCAAAGGAACGGACAAACACGCCAGCGCCUUCGUUAAAAUUAACGGGAUCAUGCGUAAACUAUUCUUUCUACCAAGGGUGACAAAACGUAGCACCGGAGAAGAGGUCGAGAUGUCCGAUGUUUAUUCAGAGGUUGACGAACUCCUCACCAGACUAAAGAUUAGUCAAGGAAGCGAUUGGAAAGCCAAACCAUGUUCUCGGAAUAAUCCGAUUCAUUCACCAGGACCCCAGGUACCUCCAGGCACAAACGGGGAAUCCUUCUCCCACGUUUUCGGCACAGGGACGUCCAUUUUUGAGCAGUUCGUGCUGGCUCGAAACAUCAUGGGCCCUUGCUGGUUGCACAUUGAGGACCCAAUAUUUACGGGCAUCGAAAAUGCCUCUUGGUGCAAAGUUGAGCUUCAGGUUUCUUCCCCCAAUCUCAUAAGCUGUGCUGGGGAUUCAGAAAACGAUAUAGCGCCCCCACUAAAACUCAUGAGCUUGGCUAUCCGAACGAAAAUUGGACACAGUGAUAAUAAACCAGAAAUAAUUUCGAUAACCGGGCGGGUUUAUGAUAAUGUUGCCCUCGAUGACACGCGACCGGUUGACGAGCUGCCUUGGUCCUGUUUUACGAUAUGUCGUCCAGUGGGACAAAGCUUUCCUGUUGGCUUCCAAUCUGCAAUAAGCGGCCAGCAAACCAUCAUAAAAACUGAAAAAACAGAGGCCGGGUUAUUAUCAUUAUUUCUAGCCAAACUCCAAAGUACAGAUCCGGACAUAUUCAUCGGGCAUGGUCUUGAGGAAAAUAUAUACGGGACUCUCAUACAUCGAAUGAAAGAGUGUAAGGUAUUAAAUUGGCACCGAAUUGGAAGGAUGCGACGUAACCAAUGGCCAAAUAAUCUCGGGCGGGGUGGGUAUUUUGCAGAGAAACAAAUCGUAUCCGGUCGCUUGAUGUGUGACUUAUCUAACGACUUAGGAAAGUCCCUGAUGAAUAGGUGCCAGUCAUGGAGUUUGACCGAAAUAUGCAAUGUGAUCUUAGGCGAGCGCAGAACGGAACUCGACAAUGAAGAAUCACUCAAGACAUAUGCAGCCUCUGGGAGUGGGUUUCUAGACUAUCUCGGGCAUGCAAAGACAGAUACCUACAUGAUUGCCGCUGUGGCCCUUCGCAUACAAAUGAUCCCGCUUGCGAAACAGCUGACGAAUUUGGCUGGUAACUCCCUAGCGCGAACCUUGAGUGGUACCAGAGCCGAGCGAAACGAAUACAUCUUACUACAUGAAUUCACUAAAAACAAGUACAUAUGCCCUGACAAGUCCUACGAUAAGAGGAAUUCGCAAAAGGCGACUGAUGAUGAUGGUGCUGAUGAAGAGGAGGACACACGCCCGGAUGGGAAAAAGAAAGACAAGUUCAAAGGGGGGCUAGUCUUGGAACCUGAACGUGGCCUUUACGAUAAAUUUGUCCUAGUUAUGGAUUUCAACAGUUUGUAUCCCAGUAUCAUCCAGGAAUUCAAUAUUUGUUUUACUACAGUUGAGAGAUCCGAUCUUCCCGAAGACCAAGUUCCCGAGAUCCCUUCAGAACAAGCGCAAGGGAUUCUACCCAAACUCAUCUCAACCCUUGUUCAGAGGCGUCGGCAGGUCAAAGGACUCAUGAAGGACAAGAGAGCUACUCCCGCACAACUUUCACAGUGGGACAUCAAACAACAGGCGCUCAAGCUGACGGCAAAUUCGAUGUAUGGUUGCCUUGGAUAUGUUAGAUCUCGCUUUUAUGCCCGCCCUCUGGCAAUGCUCACUACAUUCCAAGGCCGAGAGAUUCUUCGGUCCACAAAGGAACUUGCAGAAUCAUCUCAACUGCGGGUUAUUUACGGCGACACUGACUCGGUAAUGAUAAAUACAAACGUCGAUAUCUAUGCCGAUGCCAUCAAAAUAGGAAAUGAUUUUAAAAAAGCGGUUAACGACAGAUACCGGCUCCUUGAAAUCGACAUCGAUAAUGUCUUCCAACGGCUCCUACUACACUCUAAAAAGAAAUACGCAGCGCUGAAUUUCUCGGCAGACGGGAAACCUGUUGUCGAAGUAAAAGGUCUUGAUAUGAAACGACGAGAAUACUGCCAGGUCUCAAAAGAUGUUUCGGGUUGGAUCUUAAAAAAAAUCCUUUCUGGUGAAGAUCCUGAUGCGGUGAUCGAAGAAAUCCACGAAUACCUCCGAGGUAUUGCACAAAACAUGCGAGAAAACAAUAUACCAUUUAGUCGGUAUACAAUCUAUACGAAAUUAUCGAAAGACCCAGAGCAGUACCCUGGAGGUAAGACAAUGCCGCAAGUUCAAGUCGCUCUUAGACGAAGAUCAAAGGGGGACGUCGUGAAGGCAAACGAUGUUAUCGCCUAUAUCAUAACGGGUGAUGGAGGCAAUACUUCAAGUCCAGCUGAAAGGGCAUUUACUCCUCAGGAACUGAAAUCAGACCCAACAUUAAAGCCAGACCCGGAAUGGUACCUUCUCAAACAGAUAUUCCCCCCUGUAGAGAGACUUUGCGGCCCGAUUGAUGGUACCGACGCUAUCCGGUUAGCAGAAUGCCUAGAUACAAGAAAGUACCAAAUCGCAUCCACUACUGCUCAAACCGAAAGCGAAAUUCAUCCACUCGAAUCUACCUUAAGCGACGAAGAGAGAUUCAGGAACACCAAGCCCUUGGUCCUUACUUGCCUUUUAUGCAAGACCACUUUGAGUUUCGGUGGUCUAGAUUCAGACCUAGAAAUAUGCACCCCCGACGGUCUUAAAUGCCCUAAUAUAGGAUGUAGCAAUAUAUUUACGACUCCCGUGCUCAUUGCUCAAGUGGAAUCGAACAUUCGAAGCUGGACAUCACAAUACUAUGAAUCCUGGUUGGCCUGUGAGGAUAGCUCUUGUGGCAAUAGGACAAGGCAAGUCUGCGUAUAUGGAAAGCGAUGCAUUGGGCCUCAGGGGCUCGGUAUCGGUUGCGAAGGUCCAGUAGCCUACGAGUAUUCCGACAAAAUGCUCUACAAUCAACUUCUUUAUUACAGUACGCUCUUUGAUGUAGAAAGGGCAAAGCUCAAAGCUGCUGUCGAAAACAGAGGUAAGGCUUCCGAGACAGCUAGCAAGUAG